CUCAAGCAAAUUGAACUAGGAGCAUACACACACACCCACUCACCUCUUGAAGUUUCUUCUUAGAGCAACUCUUUGGCUCCAGCAGUUGGCUCAGUACUAAUGGCUGAAGGCUCAACCCAAAAGGGAGUUGUGUUUUGUACUUUGAAUGACAAGGGACUGAAGCAAUUUCAAAAGAGGAUCAAAGCAGCUUCUGAUAAAACUGAUCCUGCAGUUGGUGAGUAUGAAAAGGCAAAACUGCCUGCACACAAGGCAGCUUUUGAUGGGAAUGUCCCUGCCCUGGAAGGAAUAUUUAUUACUCAAGUGAAAAAUGGUGGGAUUUCAAUAGCUGACAAAGGAAUAUCACCAAUUCAUAUGGCAAUAAAGGGGAACAAGAUGGACUCAGUCAAGUGGCUCAUAAAGUUUACAACAAACUCAAUCACAGCACAAACUAAAGAUGGAAAGACCCCAGUACACUUGGCUAUAGAGCAAGGAAACUUAGAGUGUCUUAAGGUACUCCUUGGAACAGAUGAGAAAGGAGCAAAGGCAGCAAUAGCAACAACUGAAGAAAAAUCAGGUCUGACAAGUCUACUGUUCGGUAUUCAAAAGCAUCAGAAUGCUGCAUUUAAGUAUUUACUGAAUGAACUGGGACCUAAAACACUAGCAGUGCCCAAUAGUUCUGGUGUCACUGCAGCUCAUGUAGCUGCAUCAACUGGUAAUUUUGAAGUGCUCAAAAUGCUAGCAGGCAAACACAAGAAGAUGCUCCAAGAAAAGACGACUGAUGGAUGCACUCCAGUUUAUUUUUCAGCUCAAGAAGGACAGUUAGAGGCACUCUCCUAUCUUCAUGAAACUUGUAAAGUUAGUCUGUCAGAUGAGCCGACAGUGAGCCAGGGAUAUCAGGCUAUACAUGCUGCAGUUAGAGGAGGACACAUUAACAUUGUAGAAUAUCUAGUUACAAGCCUUGGUCCUCAAGUACUUCACUUGAAAAGCAAAGAUGAAUCCACCCCAUUGCACAUAGCAGCUAGUGUUGGUGAUCAUGAGAUGUGUAGGUGGAUAGUUAGCUAUGAUAGCAGUGGAUCAGUUCUUAAGGCAGUUGAUGUUAGUAAAGGGAGUCCAGCACACAAUGCUGCUGAGUCUGAGCAUUCAAUAGUUUUAAAGUUUCUCCUUGAAAGUGGAGCAGAUCCAUACCUGGCAAAUAAAAAAGGCGAUACUCCUACAUCAAUAGCAUUGCGCAGUAAAAAGCAGAACAUGAUUGAAGUAGUGAAGAAACAAGAGGAGACACAGAAAGCAACUACACCAGAAACCGACAAACUAAUGAUAGAUCCACUAUAUGACAGCAUAGACAAUGUGUUGAAUACAGAGAAGACAGAAGAGAAAGGAGAAGAGAGAGCUGAAGAAAUAGAAGAGAAAGCAGAAGAGAGAGCUGAAGAAAUAGAAGAGAAAGCAGAAGAAAAAGUAAAAGAAAUAGAGAAAGAAGAAGAGACUGCAGUAGGAGAGAGUGCAGACGUUACAAGUGAUGAAGGUCAAAUAAAAGAAGAGGGUGAAGACGAAUUUAAACCUGAACAGGAACCAAUAUAUGCUGUGCCAGACCCAGAAGUCAUCAUCAAGAAGCGUCAAUCAGCACUAGAUCUACACCCAAUAAUUCCAGUUGAAGAUGAAGAGCCUCCACCAGUUCCAGAGCAAAACUUUGAAACUGAGAACGAAGAAUUGACAAAGAAACCUUUAAAGAAGACGUCUUCAGUGCUCCAAAAAUGGCCUCAUAAAGAUGAUCCGUCCGACAGCGACAAUGAAAAACCUAAGCUUAAACCAACUCGAUCGAAAAUCAUGUCUUCUUGGCCACCUCCGAAAGAAGAGGAGAGAAAAACUGAAGUUGUAAGUGGCGUUGGGAACAAAAAGAAAUGGCCACCAGAGCCGGAAGAAGUAAAAGAGUCAAAAGAACAAGAGAAAGAAGAAAAGAAAGAGAAGGAGGAGAGAGCUGCAAAACCAGAAGAAACUAAGAAGGAAGAGGAGCCACAGAAACAAUCAUUUGUUAAGCUACGAAAAACAAUUCGUGAGCCUAAACCACUAGAGCCUCAGAUCCAAGAGAAUGAAUUUCAGUCUGCACUCCACAAACUCAAAAAACACAAUUAGAAAUGAAGCAUGCCUCAUCUUACAAUAGUAUUUAUAGAUGUACAGCUGCAAUGUAUGGCGGUAAUAUUAUUAAUAUACAUGUGUAAUGGCUAACUCAAUUCCUAUUAGCAUAGUUUUAUGUGUCUUUAUGUACUAGUAUGAUCAAGUCAGUUUGUUUUGUUAAUAAUUUGCUGUUUGAGUAUUUGAAGAUUUGACUCAA